ACAACUGCCAAACUCAGAUUACACACAUUCAAUUAAUUCAUUUGGUACAAUCAAAUCAAACUCUUGUAUAUGCUCUCUCUAGCUGUUCCUUUUUUUUUUUUUGCGGCGUAAAAAUGUACGGGGAAGACGAAUACGAUCCGAGUUUGAUUGAUCAUAGUCAGAUUGUGAGUGUGGGGGAUGGUGGCGAUGGCGAUGGCGAUGGUGAUGAUGAGCAGGAGAUUUCGCAGGAGGAUGCAUGGACGGUGAUCAGCGCGUAUUUUGAGGAGAAGGGAUUGGUGAGGCAACAGCUCGACUCGUUCGACGAGUUCAUACAAAACACAAUGCAAGAGAUCGUGGACGAGGCUGCUGAUAUCGAGAUUAAGCCCGAGUCUCAGCACAUCCCUGGCCGCCAAUCCGACUUCGUCGAGAUGGUUUACCGAAUCAGCUUCGGUCAGAUAUACCUGAGCAAACCGAUGAUGACGGAGUCUGAUGGAGAAACUGCCUCUCUUUUCCCAAAGGCUGCAAGAUUGAGGAACCUGACCUACUCAUCUCCAUUGUAUGUGGAUGUCACAAAAAGAGUUGUUAAGAAAGGCCAUGACUGUGAAGAGGUCACUGAGACACAGGAGUUCACUAAAGUUUUUAUUGGAAAGGUUCCAAUUAUGCUCCGGUCAAGCUAUUGUAGCCUGUAUCAGACCUCAGAGAAGGAUUUAACUGAGCUUGGAGAGUGCCCAUUUGAUCAAGGAGGGUACUUCAUUAUCAAUGGCAGUGAGAAGGUUCUGAUUGCUCAGGAGAAGAUGAGCACCAACCAUGUCUAUGUGUUCAAGAUUAGGCAGCCCAACAAAUAUGCUUAUGUAUCCGAGGUCCGGUCCAUGGCGGAGUCCCAAAACAGGCCUCCUAGCGGCAUGUUUGUCAGGAUGGUUUCUUCCUCUGGUGCCAAAGGGGGAUCUUCUGGGCAAUACAUCCGUGCAACCCUUCCAUACAUUCGUACUGAAAUCCCAAUUGUUGUUGUGUUCCGUGCACUGGGAUUUGUUGCAGACAAGGAUAUAUUGGAGCACAUAUGUUAUGAAUUUACAGACAAUAAAAUGAUGGAUUUACUUCGUCCAUCCUUAGAAGAGGCAUUUGUAAUUCAAAAUCAACAGGUUGCGCUUGAUUAUAUUGGAAAAAGAGGAUCUGCUGUGGGUGUCACUAAAGAAAGGAGGAUUAGGUAUGCCAAAGAAAUACUUCAAAGAGAAAUGCUUCCCCAUGUUGGCACGGGGGAAUAUUGUGAAACUAAGAAGGCUUACUACUUUGGGUACAUCAUCCAUCGGCUUUUGCUUUGUGCCCUUGGCCGGAGGCCAGAAGAUGAUAGGGAUCACUAUGCAAAUAAGAGACUUGACCUUGCUGGUCCUCUACUUGGAGGCUUGUUCAGAAUGUUAUUCAGAAAGUUAACCAGGGAUGUGAGGUCCUAUGUUCAGAAGUGUGUUGACAACGGGAAGGAUGUUAACUUACAAUUUGCUAUUAAAGCAAAAACGAUAACAAGUGGCCUGAAGUACUCUCUUGCUACUGGGAACUGGGGACAAGCAAAUUCAGCUGGCUCUAGAGCAGGAGUUUCGCAGGUUUUGAAUCGUUUAACAUAUGCAUCCACUCUCUCCCACCUGAGAAGGUUGAACUCGCCCAUUGGACGUGAAGGUAAAUUGGCAAAACCACGGCAGUUGCACAACUCGCAUUGGGGAAUGAUGUGUCCUGCAGAAACUCCAGAAGGACAAGCCUGUGGAUUGGUCAAGAACCUUGCCUUAAUGGUGUAUAUAACAGUGGGAUCAGCAGCAAAUCCCAUAUUGGAGUUUCUGGAGGAGUGGAGCACAGAGAACUUUGAGGAAAUUUCUCCUGCAGUAAUCCCUCUAGCUACCAAAAUUUUUGUCAACGGUUGCUGGGUUGGUAUUCAUCGUAACCCUGAGCUCUUGGUGAGAACUCUUAGACAGUUAAGAAGACAGGUCGAUGUCAACACUGAAGUUGGAGUUAUCCGUGACAUUCGUCUGAAAGAACUCCGACUUUAUACAGACUGUGGCCGCUGUAGUAGACCAUUGUUUAUUGUAGAGAAACAGAAACUACUGAUAAAGAAGAAGGAUAUCCUAGGUCUGCAACAAAGAGAGUCCCCUGAGGAAGUUGGUUGGCAUGAUCUUGUGGCAAAAGGAUACAUAGAGUAUGUUGAUACAGAGGAAGAGGAAACUACAAUGAUUUCCAUGACCAUAAAUGAUCUUACAUCUGCACGGCUCUGCCCAGAUGACGCUUAUUCUGAAACUUAUACUCACUGUGAAAUACAUCCAUCACUAAUAUUAGGAGUUUGUGCUUCUAUUAUCCCAUUUCCUGAUCAUAACCAGUCCCCCCGUAAUACCUACCAAUCUGCGAUGGGGAAGCAAGCCAUGGGAAUUUAUGUGACCAAUUACCAGUUACGAAUGGAUACACUAGCCUAUGUUCUCUACUAUCCUCAGAAGCCUCUAGUUACAACUCGUGCCAUGGAGCAUUUGCAUUUUAGGCAACUACCAGCUGGCAUUAAUGCCAUUGUUGCGAUUGCUUGCUAUUCUGGAUAUAACCAGGAAGAUUCUGUUAUUAUGAACCAAUCUUCAAUUGAUCGCGGAUUCUUCAGAUCUAUAUUCUACCGUUCAUACAGGGAUGAGGAGAAGAAGAUGGGAACACUUGUGAAGGAGGACUUUGGGUGUCCUAAUAGGGAAAAUACCAUGGGAAUGCGACAUGGAUCUUAUGACAAAUUGGAUGAUGAUGGCUUUGCACCUCCUGGGACAAGAGUAGCAGGUGAGGAUGUUAUCAUUGGGAAGACCACACCAAUUGCACCGGAUGAUGCUCAAGGACAAACUGCACGAUACACGCGUCGUGAUCAUAGCACGUGCUUGCGCCAUAGUGAAAGUGGAAUGGUGGAUCAGGUUUUAUUGACCACAAAUGCUGAUGGAUUGAGGUUUGUUAAGAUGAGGAUGAGAUCGAUUCGCAUACCUCAGAUUGGAGACAAAUUCAGCAGUAGGCAUGGACAAAAGGGAACAAUUGGGAUGGCUUACACCCAGGAAGAUAUGCCAUGGACAAUUGAGGGCAUCUGUCCAGACAUCAUUGUUAACCCGCAUGCCAUUCCUUCUCGAAUGACCAUUGGUCAGCUCAUCGAGUGCAUCAUGGGGAAGGUUGCUGCUCACAUGGGAAAGGAGGGAGAUGCAACUCCUUUCACUGAUGUCACUGUGGACAACAUCAGCAAAGCCCUUCACAAAUGCGGUUACCAGAUGCGCGGAUUCGAGAGAAUGUACAAUGGUCACACUGGGCGCCCGCUGACUUAUAUGAUAUUCCUGGGCCCUACUUACUACCAGAGGCUUAAGCACAUGGUGGAUGACAAGAUCCAUUCUCGUGGGCGGGGCCCAGUCCAGAUCCUUACUAGGCAGCCUGCUGAAGGGCGAUCUCGUGAUGGAGGUCUGCGAUUUGGUGAAAUGGAACGUGACUGCAUGAUUGCUCACGGGGCUGCACACUUCCUCAAAGAGAGGCUGUUUGACCAGAGUGAUGCGUAUAGAGUUCAUGUAUGUGCUCUGUGUGGUAUAGUCGCCAUUGCCAAUCUGAAGAAGAACUCAUUCGAGUGUAGACAUUGCAAAAAUAAAACCGACAUUGUUCAGGUGUACAUACCUUAUGCCUGUAAGCUUCUUAUUCAGGAGCUCAUGUCCAUGGCAAUCGCCCCAAGGUUGCUAACAAAGGAUAUAGAUUCAGGAGAUGGGAAGAAACGAGUCUAAUAUUUGGUAUCACACAUUCUUAACGGCUCCUGGAUGAAAAGAACCUGUCUUUUUCAUGCGAUAAUGAUAAAAGGACUCUUGUGAUGCUACUGAUUUUUCUCUGUCCCGGUUCAUUUAAAUAGUGAAAAGUCUAGACACAAUUGUGUCCGGAGCUGUUUAAUGUACGUGGGUCCACAUGCAUCGAAUGGCUCUGAACACACAGUUGUGUCCGAGAUUGUGUUUAAUAAUUAUUGGCAAUCUUUUCCG